AUAUAUAUCGCCCUCAGCUUGUGGCACACCAACAGCCACUAGUUACAGCCAAAUCCAUUAACCAUAGCCAUGGCUAAUUGCCCUGCCUCCAUCAUCUGUCUCACCCUCCUCUUCACCUCCCUCCAAGCUCAAGGAGCCGGCAAGGAGUACUUUGGCGGCGGCAAGCAGCAGCAGCAGCAGGCCAGGAGGAGAUCAUCCUCGGAAGAGUACGUGCCGGUGCGGAGGGUGGUGUACCGGUCGGUGGCGCUGCCGGCGGCGACCGCGACGGCAGAGGCGUACGAGCCGUUCGAGCUGUGCGACGGGUGCCGGUGCUGCGCCGCGUCGAACUCGAGCAGCUGCGUGGACACCAACUGCUGCUACGCCAUCGACUGCAACCUCCCCGGGAAGCCCUUCGGGCAGUGCGCCUUCACGCCACGCACCUGCGGCUGCGGCGCCAGCAACUGCUCCCAGCCGUCGUGAGCCAUCCAGACCUCACGCACGGCAUGUCCUCAUCUGAUUGCAGAGAUACGUCGGCAUGAGUAAAAAUUCAAAAGUUUGACGAUGCUAGCUGUUGCAGACAUAGUGAAAACUUUGAUGACUUUUGUGUUCUUUCAGAGACUUUUGAGCCUUCGAUUAAAGGUGUCAUAGCUGCUGACAUGUGAGAUGGAUGUUCAACAAUAGCACCAUUUAUUUUUACGGGAUUGAUUACAGUGUUCCCUCAAACAUAUUUCUGUGUACUUAAUUCUUCAUUACGAUUAACGUUUAGUUACUCGUUCAGACAAUGAGCGGAUUAGUUCUGUGAGUUUCCAAAAGAAGAAAAGGGCAUAGCAGUAGAUUUCUCUAGAAGAAACAUUUCAGUUUUGCAUCCUUUCAUAGACUGAUUUCUGUAGAACAACCGUUCUAUGGAUUUGUUCGUACGUUCCGGCCGGUCUACAGAGU